AUGCAGCAGCCACCCCCAGAUCAAUCCCCCACCACCAGCACCCCCACUUGGACGCAGUUGAGUCAGAUGUCUCUUCCGAUGACGGAGCCAGGGGACGAAGGCAUCGAUUCUGAUUCCGAAACCGACCAGGGUUGUGACGCAGGACCAGAGCGCCAGCUACAGCCUGGCGACCUGCUUGGCGAUGCCAUUGCAUUCACCGAACGUAUCCAGGCCUGGGGCAGACUUGUGAUUUUACGGUUUGCCGAUAUGGUCGGGAUUCUCUACCGCGCUACGCUCUACUGCAACUGGAAUACCCCUGCGGACAAAUCUAACAAGUCCGUCAAGACGCCGUGA